AUGGCAAAAAUUUCUUUGCUUAAAGUUUUGUUUUUACACCCCAUACUGAUUUACAAAAGUUGUUUAUAGCCUGAUGAUGCUAGUUGUUACAAUAACAAUUGGAUCUAAUAAGUCGAAUGGUGUGGGGAUAAAUUAUAUAUUGGUCGAUUUGGUUAGAGCACAAGAAUCUCCAAAUUAUUUACUAAUAAUAAUGAAGGAAGGUUAAUGAAAUUUUCUUUCACACUUGGUAGAUUUGAUUCUUGGGAUGGAGGAGAAUUUUUCUGGAUUACUUUAGAUAACAAGUUAGUUGUAACAACUAGUGUUAUUUUAUCUUAAGGAAGUAAUCUUUGCUUCAAUUCUUGGCUUGAUGUUGUUGAAUAGAUUACUUGUCAAUUUUAAUUGCCUUUAGGAAAGCAGAGCUUUGUAAUAUCAUUAUAAAGUAAUUUGAAUGACCCAAUAUAUGAUGGUAUCUAUUUUAAAAAAAUAAUAGAAUCGUGGGGUAUACGAAAUGUGAUUUUAUAGGUGUUAGAUCCUUGUGUGACCUUUUUUAGUGAAUGUAAUUUUGAAGGAUAAAAAUGGAAUAUUUGUACAGGGAAUCAAACUAGCCCAAGUCGAUAACUGCCCUUCCCCAUUAAAUCGAUAAAAAUAACAGAAGGGAUAGUUGUUUAAUUAAAAGAUCCUAAUUAUUAUGGGGGAGUUCUCUAAAGUUAUACCUCUGAUUAAGCUUGCUUAACUGGUUUUCAUGUAUUUUAUAAUUAUUAUUCUCAAAAGUUCCCUAAAUAUGAGUAACCUGUCUGA